AUGACGGACUAUUGGAUAUCUUGCAAAAAGCACUACUGUGAAGUUUGCAAAAUAUGGAUUUCAGGACAUCCAAUUAACGUCAAGACACAUGAAAACACUCCGAAACACCUCACAGCGGUGCGCAAUGCCAUUAUAGAUUCGCACAAAAGGGAGCAUGAAAGACGGAAGGCAGAAGCUUUUGAGAGAGAGGAGUUAGAAAGGCUAGAAAGGAUUGUGAAUAGUGAAUCUUAUUCCAGUUCCGGGCCAAAUGUCGACGAUUUAUCUCCUAGACAAUUUAUCACACCCAUAACACAUAGCGGGCCCAGUAGGGAUGAGGAGAGAAAGAGAAUAGAAGCCUUUUACCAUUCAAAACUCAAGGCCCCAAAUCAGCCUAACGACGAUGGGGGAGCCAUUGGUGCUGUCAAUACUUCCGAUGUGGAAAAACAAUUGGAAUCACAUUUGGGGCCUGGGUGGAAGAAGAAAUUUGAUCCUAUUAGGAAGGUUAAGUAUUUUCACAACGAGAAAACUGGGGAGGUUAAACUUAUUACUAAUGAUAUUCUCAAAUCAUACAACCCAACUACACCAAUUCAUAACAUAACAGCUAAUAGCUGUGUUGUCAAUAGUACAACAACUAUUCUCAAUAGCCAUAUUAUCUCAGACAACACAACAGAGCAGCCAAAAAAUAGCAAAACUAAACCACUAAUAGCGAUCAAAAUAAAAUCUAAAACCCAAAAUGCUGAAACAAGUACGUAUGAUGCCGCAAAUAGCAACGAUAAAGUAAAUAAAGAAACACCCCAAAAUGCAGAAGCUGCAGUUCCAAUUAUUGGAGGUUGGGAGAUCGUGAAACAGGAAGAAAGCGCAUUCAACCUGCCCGUAUACACAGAACAUCCGCCUCCAUCCGCCGAUUAUGACAGCAAUGAAGAUGACUUAUCAGAUCCAUUGGAGGAUGGCGUUGCAAAGCCCAUGUUUAUGAAACCAACGAUUAAUAGUUCAAGCAACAAAAAUGGCAUAUCAUUCAGCAAACGGGAUGUUUCAGUCAUUAAACGUCCAAAAAAGCUGGUUAAUGAUUUUAUGAAAUCUGUCAGAUCGCGGCAAUUUGGCUGA